AUGACCAGUAAUGGCGAUGCUAGCUUGAACCCUUCAGACCAGGCAACUGUCGCUGCUGGAGCUCCAACCCAUCGUGCCGCCUCCCCCGCCACUCAAAACACGGCGCCUCCCGCCUCCCUCAGAGAUGGGCAACCAUCACCUCGCCCCUCUCGGAACGGCGAGAACACCCAGGACGACGCCCAGAACGAGUCCGAGGCCGAGACAGUCGUGUUGGACGAUGCCAAGGACAGUACCUCGAAGGAGAAGAAGGUGAUCAAGAUGGAACGUGACGAUGACGACGAUGAUGAUAACGCAGCCAAGUUACGGUCCAUCAAAGAGUCCUCACGGACGCGCACGCGCACGCGUUCACCCAUUGCCAAUGGACGGAGGCACUCGGUAUCAGACGCGAAGGAGCUGAAGGAGGUGAAGCUGAAUGGGGCCCGCCGUGGCUCUGAUCCCGAUGGAAAGAGCCCACCUCCAACUUCACCUGGCAACCGAACCCACUCACGCCACGCCAAAGACGCGAGCCCCGACGACUCGGUGAAAUCACCCGUGCUUCCCACGACAUCACCUACGCAACACGCCACCCGUGGCCGAAGCUCAUCAAUAACGGAAUCACGAAAACGCAAACUGCGCGACGAGUCGCACACGAAAUCGCUGGAGCCGUUGCGACAGAAGGCCAAAACCGAAGGAUUGAAAGAGUUGCGCACGCAACCCAACUCUCCUGCCACCCCCGGUGUUGGAAGACCCCACAAGCGCUCGCAGUCUACGCAAUCUGCCGUGCAAGGAGUGCCAGGCCGCAAACGCAAAGAAGUCACGGCUCUCACGCUGCCCCCAGAGCGGAGAAACUAUUCCGAUUCCAGCUCGGAACACUCCUCUUCACCCCAUCCAGCGCAUACCCCACAUCUGCUGCAUAACAGGGUCAAACGGUCUUCACAUCGCGCAUUGACGUCGCCGGCGCGCGCUAUGACACACAAGCGCAACGUUGACAAGUUUGGCGCGACGCGGCUGGCGAGAGAGAGCGAAAAGGGCGACCUGGACCAAGUCAUUGCAGCCUACAAUGCAGCGUCUGAAGAGCUGGACCAAGAAGAUUUCGCGGGAAUCGCUCCUCUUCAAAAGGCCGCCCUACAUGGCUGGGCCGACGUCGUCGAAUUUCUCAUUAAGAAGGGCUGUCGAACUGACUGCGAAUCCAAUGACCGGGAUACCCCUCUGAUCGAUGCUGUUGAGAAUGGGCACCUGGAUGUUGUCAAGCUUUUACUCCAUAAAGGUCACGUCAAUCCGCACCACCAGAACAAGAAAGGCCAAAGAGCCAUUGAUGUAUUGGAUCCCGACGAAGACGAUGCUACUGAGAUCGAGGCGGAGCUCAGGGCUGCGAUGCGGCGGCAAACCGAUACGGCAAAGAAGGAGGAAGACACCACUCCAGGCUUUGCGCAACAGAAAUCCGCGUCGAGACUUCUCUACAAUGAAUACAACCUAGAGACUCUUAUUGAGAAGUCAGGCGACGGUGAUAUGGCCGCGGUUGGCGAGCUUCUCAACAGCAACAUUAGACCGAAUAUUGCCUGUGGUGUGGCUGCUUCGAGGGGUGGCUACGAUGAAGUGCUCAGCAUCCUUCUCGCAAGCGGACUGAAGCCUGAUCCUGAUCCGUCAAAACAUACAGACACACCCAUGCUCGUCGCCAUCGGUAGAGGACAUAUGAAAGUCAUCCAGCUAUUACUGAACCAGGACCUUUUCAAUCCUACCAGGCGCAAUCGCGAUGGCAAGACCUAUUACGAAAUCUCCGAGGAACGCCGUGGACCGAAAUGGGAGUUGGAGAGGGAUCUCUUAAAGGACGCCUACGACACGUACUCGAAAACACAUAAAAGCCCUAAGAGGGUGAAGAAGGAGGCGCCUAACGCAGCUGCCGUUCGUGCCAAGAAGAGGUCCUCACCAAGUCGCCGGGAGCCGUCAUCUUCGCCCCGGCCAGAAGCAAAGCGUGCUCUGACGAACAAGUCCUCUGCGGGCCUCCAGAAAUCAAGACGGCUAAUGUCUGGGAAGGAAAUAGCGAGUCGUGAUGUUAAGCGACGGAGGAGAGUGGUUUCUGACGAAUCCUCCGAUGAAGACUCUGAUGCCGAUGUCAGACCACCGAAGAAGGCCCAUGCAAAGCCCCGCUCGUACAGCGAAGGAGAAGAAAACAAGCAAAUUAAAAGGGCAAUCAAAGAGAGCUUGGACAGCCAUACCGCGCCGAAGCGUGCUGCGCGUGCUGGCUCUGCCGAUAGUGAGGACGGUGCACAUCCUCCGCAAAAGCGCGGGCCAAAGAUUCGGACCAAGGUCACCAAUUCUAAGCCUACUCCUACGCCCGAAGUCGAAUCUCCGGAUGAACGGAAACCUGUCAAGAACAAGAUAAAGUCACGUAUACUGGAGGAGAAGAUCAAGAAGCGUCGUGCAUCCGACGUGUCCAUCGAUGAAACCAAGGUUAAAAGGACUCCUACUGCUUCUUCCAAAUCUACGCCUGCCCCACCGGAGAAAGCCGCUACGCCUGAUAUUGUUCGCGAACGUCGCCUGGAACAGGAAAAGCAAGCUGCUGCUGCCGCCGAAGCUGAAGCCGAAGCUGAGGCAAAAAGAAAAGCUGCCGAAGCGGAGUCAAAGAAACGUGAAGAAGAGGAACAGGCUGCCCGCAAAGCUGCCCGUAAAGCUGCUGAGGAGGAGGAAGCUCGGAGGAAGGCAGAGGCUGAAGCUGCAGCUGAAGCAGAAGCGAAACGGUUAGCUGAGAAAGCAAAGGCGGAAGCGGAGGCGGAGGCAGCUCGCAAACGAGAAGAAGAGAAGGAGAAACAGCGCCAGGAGGCAGAGGAGGAGGCCAAACGACAGGAAAUGUUGGCAGCACGGAGAGACCGGAUCUCGAAGCUGCCACGAGCGCUCAGGCGCGCCUGCGAGCUCGGAAGUAAUAGACCAUUGCAUUUCUCUGGAGAGGAAUUAGGCAUAUCCGCUGUCUUCUUACCUUUGUUUUAUGCUACCUCCAAGGACGUCAAACCUCAUGAGCACCAGAACGCUGUCUCUAAAUCCUACGUCAUGUCCUUCCAGGCUGUUGGCAUUCUUGGACUCCCUGAGCUGGAUCUUGCUCAUUUGGAUGCUCCUUACUCUGAAUGGGAACGAAUUCCAGUAACUCGUGAUCAACGAGAGCUGCUCCUCCGCCAGUAUGACGUGGCUCUCCUGGCUCAGGACUACCGUUUCCCAAUGGCAGGGCCCGACUUCGAUUUCGCCCAGAUCCAGGAUCGUGUCAAGGAAGCUCGCCAACAGUUCCUUGAUCUCGAGGGCCUCUACUGGAUCGAGGACUCGGUACUUCCACCAGAAGUUGAUAAGGUUGAUAUUCUCAGACCACUCCUGGCAGACGUGAAGGACCCUCAGCGGCGAAGGCAGAUUCACCUUUGUGAGCUCGUGAACGAAUCCGCACCCGAGAAGAAACGAAAGCCGAGAAAGAGCUUCAUGGAUGCCGUCCUGGGCCAGAGCUCUACGAAUGGCAUCGCUGAUUCCACGAAGAUAAACGGCGGCGGAUGA